AUGCAACUUACGGGAGCUGGGAGCUCGUUUGCUUCUUCAACAUUUAUCAAACAUCUGGGAAUGAAACCAUCGCGCUGGGAAUGGAAAAGCAUUGAAACCAUGACAACAACAGUAUGUCAGAAGAUACCUAUUUAUGAUGUCAAGUUAUUAUCUACUGAUGGUAAAGAAGAGCUAGCUGUUUCGUUGACUAUGUUGGACAAACCUGUUAUCACAACUUUAAGCAAUCCUAAAAUUGAAGAGUUGAAGAAGCAGUUUCCACAUUUAAGGGGACUAUGUUUCGACAAUGAAGAUGACCGUGAGCAACAUCCAAUUCACCUGAUCCUUGGAGUCGGUGACUUAGCACGGAUAAAGACGUCUACAUGCCGAGUCGGAGAUGUCAAUCAACCUGUUGCAGAGAAGACAACUUUUGGUUGGACGGUGAUGGGUCCUGGAAAGAAUGAGUCACACAUUAGUUAUUUCGCCAAAACAUUACAAGAAGAUUAUGAGAAGCUCUGCAACUUGGAUGUGCUGGGGUUACAUGAAACUACUAAAAUGUGCAUAGUCUACAAUGCCUCCUCUAGUGAAACUGCUUCUCUUAAAGAUUGUCUUGAGACAGGCCCACCGUCUCUUGCACAACGUCGUCGUGAGAAAUCGUUUGUGUCCAAUUGGGUUGACUGCUGAUGUGAAACAAGCCCUUCCACCAAAUAUGGAUCGAAUCUAAAGAUCGUGACAUCUUCCAGUUUUUCUGGAUUUCUGACCUGGAUCACAAGGACAGUGUGACACUCCGCUUUGCCAGAGUUCCUUUUGGUUGUGUUUCUAGUCCGCUUUUGCUUGGGGCAAUAUUGCAAGAACAUUUGAACACUUUGGAACAGAACUACCCAGAAACUGUAGCUGAAUUAAGAAAUGAUCUUUAUGUUGAUGAUGUAAUUAGUGGUGGCACAUGCGAGCAAGAGGUGACGAAGGUCAAAGAGGAAGCCAAAGAGAUCUUUCACCAGGGAGGCUUCACACUUCACAAGUGGCAUUGCUUUGUAGCCAGUUUAGAAGAACCAGAGAACAAUGACUCAGAACAAACAUACGAGAAAGAAAGUCUCGGAACGAAGACUGGCGAAGCGAAAAUUUUGGGAUUGAAAUGGAACAAACUAAAGGACACUUUAGCUGUUGAUUUUACCAGUUGCAAGGCAACACAGGAAUACACAAAGAGAGGAAUCUUGAGGGCUAUGGCAAAGGUUUACGAUCCUUUGGGGCUGGUAUCUCCUGUCAUGUUGGAAGCGAAACAUCUCUAUCGAAUCGUCUGCGAGAAAAACUUACCAUGGGAUGCACACCUGGAAAAGGAAAUGGAAUUUAUUUGGCACCAGUGGCUAAAGAAAUUGACUGAUAAAAUAACUGUUCCUCGAAGCAUAGUAAGUCUUCAGCUUCCAUUAACAGAAGUGAAACUGCACGGAUUUGGUGAUGCCAGCAGAAAGGGAUGCUGUGCGGCAAUCUACGGUGUCGUUAAGUGAGGGGAAUAUACAAGUCAAGGUCUUCUGGCAUCUAAGUCAAGGAUUGCAAAGAAAGAAUUGACAAUCCCGAGACUCGAAUUAGUGGGUGCACACAUGGUGGCCAAUCUUCUGCAGAACGUUCGAACAGCAUUGGAAGGAUAUAACAUCGCUGGCAUGUUUGCUUGGUUGGACAGUAUGGUUGUUCUAUGUUGAAUAAUGAGCACUAACAGAGAAUGGAAGCAGUUUGUCACAAACAGAAUUGUUAAGAUUCGGCAAAAAUAAAACCUACAGUGGAAGUAUUGUCCUACAGCAGAGAACCCAGCAGAUAUUGGGAGUAGAGGUUGUAAAGCAGAUAAUUUUGGAGACUUGUGGUGGAAAGGACCAGACUGGUUAGCAAACAAAGCUGACUGGCCCGAAGGGAGCAGUGAACCCAACCAAACAAAAGAGGUGACUGAUGAAGAAAAGGUUGUUAAACAGUUAAGUUUUGUUGUGAUAGACGGUGAAGUGAACAGGAUUCAAGAUUUGUUGAAUAAGUUUACGUUGUGGAAAGUAAUCCGAGUAGUUGCAUGGAUAUGAACGUUCAUUAAUAACUGCCGUUCGAAGUUAAGGAGAAGCAACUCUCUAGUAACACAUGAAACUCAAGAAGUGAAAAUGUUAGAAAACGACUAUGAGGAUAUUUCAAAAUGACUUGGACUUACACCUGACAAGGAAGGGAUUCUUCGUUGCCGAGGACGGGUUACGGGGGAGGAUCCAGUCUAUAUACUGACGAACAGUAAGCUAGCACGUUUAAUUAUUGAAGAUGCACACGAACGUACAUUGCACGGGGGAGUGACGUCGACAAUGGCGAAGAUAUGAGUGCGAUGGUGGAUAGAGAGGUUAAGAAGUAUUAUCAACAAAUGUUACAAGUGUUUACGUUACAGAGCACAACCCUUUGCUGCACCACCCACAGCGCCACUCCCAGAGUUUAGAACACAAGGAGAUCGAGCUUUUCAAACUGUCGGCGUAGACUUUGCUGGUCCACUUGAGUACAAGGUAUCCAAGAAUAAACAAGGGAAAGCUUAUGUGGUUUUGUACACAUGUGCGACUUCAAGAGCCGUACAUGUACAUCUAUUACCUCAUUUGACUGCAGACGAAUUUAAGAGAAGUUCAGGAGAGUUCAUUGCCAGAAGAGGGCUACCCACCAGAAUAGUAAGCGACAAUGGAAAAACAUUUGUAGCAACAGCGAAAUGGCUGAACAAACUUAAACGGAACCAUAAAGUGAACAAUUUCCUUGCUAGAAGAAAUAUUCUUUGGGUGUUCAACUUAGCCAGAAGUCUGUGGUGGGGUGGCUUUUUUGAAUGUAUGGUGGGAUUAAUGAAAGUUGCAUUGAGAAAAGCUGUCGGCAGAGCAAAUCUAACCUUUGAUCAACUGAAGGAAGUACUUAUGGAUGUUGAAGUUCAAUUGAAUAAUCGCCCUUUGGGAUAUAUGGAGGAAGAUAUCGAGUCCUUACCGCUUACACCAAACACUUAAAACGUCUGAAAUUAAGAUUGGGGAAAUUGUGUUGAUUAAAGGGGAAGAGAAAGAUCGAGGACAACGGAAGAUAGGUGUUAUCCAAGAGUUUGUAAAGGGAAGAGACGGUGUCAUCAGAGGAGCGAAAUUGAAAACUGUUAAUGGAGUUCGUGAACGUCCAUUGCAAUUACUUUACCCGAUGGAAUUGUGUGUUUCAAGGAAUGCUGACAAGAAAGUGAUGAAACAGUUAAACCCGAAAGCUGAAGAGUUCCAACCAGGAAACAAAAGAGCAGCAAAAACAAAUGCUAAAACUGUCAUUUCAUAUACAUUAAUUAGCCAAAACUGUCCAAGAUGA